AUGCUAUCUUCCGCUAACAGGUUUUACAUAAAGAGGCAUUUGGCAUCACAUGCCAAUAUGUUCCCUUCUGUGUCCAAGCAAUUUCAAACAAAAGUACCUCCAUAUGCUAAACUUCUAACAAAUUUAGAUAAGAUCAAACAAAUAACAAAUAAUGCUCCAUUGACAUUAGCAGAAAAGAUUUUAUACUCGCAUCUCUGCGAUCCCGAAGAAUCGAUAACUUCUUCAGAUCUAUCCACUGUUCGUGGUAACAAGUACUUGAAACUGAAUCCAGAUCGUGUGGCUAUGCAGGACGCAUCCGCUCAAAUGGCACUUUUACAGUUCAUGACCACGGGUCUAAAUCAGACAUCCGUCCCCGCAUCUAUUCAUUGUGACCAUUUGAUUGUGGGUAAGGACGGUGAAGCCCAAGAUUUACCAUCCUCCAUUGCUACUAACCAAGAAGUCUUUGAUUUCUUGGAAAGUUGCGCCAAGAGAUAUGGUAUUCAAUUUUGGGGUCCAGGUUCUGGUAUCAUUCACCAAAUCGUCUUGGAAAAUUUCUCAGCUCCAGGUUUGAUGAUGCUAGGUACUGAUUCUCACACACCAAAUGCAGGUGGUCUGGGAGCUAUUGCUAUCGGUGUCGGUGGUGCAGACGCAGUGGAUGCUCUAACAGGCACACCAUGGGAAUUGAAGGCUCCAAAAAUUUUAGGUGUUAAACUAACCGGAAGGCUUAAUGGAUGGUCAACUCCUAAGGAUGUAAUCACAAAGAUCGCUGGUUUACUGACCGUAAGAGGUGGUACUGGUUACAUUAUUGAAUAUUUCGGUGAAGGUGUCUCUACAUUAUCCUGUACCGGUAUGGCAACCAUCUGUAAUAUGGGUGCUGAGAUUGGUGCUACAACAUCAACCUUCCCUUACCAAGAAGCUCACAAGCGCUAUCUACAGGCAACUAAUAGAUCCGAAGUGGCCGAUGCAGCUGAUGUUGCCUUAAACGAAUAUGGCUUCUUGAGGGCAGAUGAAGGUGCCCAAUAUGAAAAAGUCAUUGAAAUCGAUUUAUCCGCCAUUGAACCUCACGUUAAUGGUCCAUUCACACCUGACUUGUCCACACCAAUAUCCCAAUAUGCUGAAAGAAGUCUGCAAGAGAAUUGGCCUCAAAAAGUCAGUGCUGGUUUGAUUGGGUCAUGCACUAAUUCAUCAUAUCAAGAUAUGAGUCGUGUAGUUGAUUUAGUCAAACAAGCUUCUAAAGUAGGCUUAAAGCCUCGUAUUCCAUUCUUUGUGACUCCUGGUUCAGAGCAAAUCAGAGCUACUUUGGAAAGAGACGGCAUAAUUGAUAUUUUCCAAGAAAACGGUGCUAAAGUCUUGGCAAAUGCAUGUGGUCCUUGUAUAGGACAAUGGAAUAGAGAAGACGUUUCCAAGACAUCAAAAGAGGCAAAUACUAUUUUCACAUCGUUUAAUAGAAAUUUCAGAGCAAGAAAUGAUGGCAAUAGAAAUACAAUGAAUUUCUUAACAUCCCCAGAAAUAGUAACAGCAAUGAGUUAUUCUGGAAAUGCUCAAUUUAAUCCAUUGACGGACUCCAUCAAAUUACCCAAUGGGGAAGAUUUCAAAUUUCAACCACCCAAUGGGGACGAAUUGCCAAAAAGAGGAUUUGAGCAUGGUAGGGACAAAUUCUAUCCUGAAUUGGACCCAAAACCAAAUAGCAACAUAGAGAUCAAAGUUGAUCCUAAAUCUGACCGGUUACAGUUAUUGGAUCCAUUCAAAGCAUGGAAUGGCAAAGAAUUGAAGACAAAUGUUCUUUUGAAAGUGGAAGGUAAAUGUACAACCGAUCAUAUUUCUGCUGCAGGUGUUUGGUUGAAAUAUAAGGGUCAUCUUGAAAAUAUCUCCUAUAACACAUUAAUUGGUGCACAAAACAAAGAAACUGGUGAAGUUAACAAAGCUUAUGAUCUUGACGGCACUGAAUAUGACAUCCCUGGUUUGAUGAUGAAAUGGAAAUCCGACAAUAGACCAUGGACCGUAAUAGCAGAACAUAACUAUGGUGAAGGCUCUGCAAGAGAACAUGCUGCUUUAUCGCCAAGAUUUCUUGGUGGUGAGAUUCUUUUAGUCAAGUCUUUUGCAAGAAUUCAUGAAACAAACUUGAAAAAACAAGGUAUGCUACCAUUGACCUUUGCUACUGAAUCUGACUAUGAUAAAAUCUCGAGCGGAGAUAUUUUAGAAACAUUGAAUCUUGCCGACAUGAUUGCCAAAGACGGUAAUAAUGGGGGAGAAAUUGACGUUAAGAUCACUAAACCAAACGGUGACUCAUUUAUCAUUAAGGCAAAGCAUACCAUGUCGAAAGAUCAAAUCGAUUUUUUCAAGGCUGGUUCAGCAAUUAACCAUAUUGGUAAUAUACGGAGGGGCGAAUAA